UCUAUAAACUCUGUCCUGUCUGAGAUCCCUCAUCUUUCCAUAAUGAGCCUUAGUUAAUUAGUUAAUUAUUAACUCCUGGAAAUGUAAAGGCCUUAGAAAAUUCAGUAGAACAGCAGAGUCUGAGUGGGAAUCGUUUCUCUUCUGCAGCAGCUGCCAUGGCCAAACUAGUGGAAUGUGUCCCAAAUUUUUCAGAGGGGAAAAGCAAAGAGGUCAUUGAUGCUUUGGCUGCAGCAAUUUCUCAGACUGAGGGCUGUCGUCUGCUUGAUGUGGAUCCUGGACCUUCCACCAAUCGCACUGUCUUCACUUUUGUUGGGUCUCCAGAGGCUGUUAUUGAUGGAGCCCUGAGUGCUGCGAGGGUGGCUUACCAGCUGAUAGACAUGAGCAAGCACAAAGGAGAGCACCCUCGUAUGGGUGCACUAGACGUUUGCCCCUUUAUUCCAGUUCGAAAUGUGACAAUGGAAGAGUGUGUGAACUGUGCCAAUCGCUUUGCAGAGAGAUUGACAAAGGAGCUGAAAGUUCCCGUGUAUCUUUAUGGAGAAGCAGCUCGGAGUGAGAGCCGCAGGUCUCUACCUGCUGUGCGUGCUGGAGAGUAUGAAGCGCUACCUACCAAGCUGCAGACACCUGAGUGGGCUCCAGACUAUGGGGCCCCUGUUUUUGUCCCCAAUUGGGGGG